AUGAGCGGCAGAGUGGCCCUAACGCCGGUGACCAGGAAAGGUGGCGCUGCACUGGACGAGCAGACCAUGGGCAACCUCGGCGGUGGAGUUCAGCCUUGCCGCUGCCGUGGCGAGUCGCCAUCGUAUGCCUGCGGCGAGGAGCAGGUCCGAGACACGCGCGAGGGCGGCCCUGGCGCUGCUGUAGCAGGUGGCGAUGGCGCAGCUAGCGCCGGAGGGCGGGCGGGCGCUGCACGCGCGGGUGGAGGCGGAGUGGGGCCGCCCGGCCCAGAACGCGUGCCAGACGGCGGCGGCGCGGGCGCUGUGGGGCCGUGCGGUGUGCGACCGGCGGCCGGGGGUGUGCUAGCCGGGGAGCGCUACCUCAGGGGGCUGCACGACAAGAUGCGGCGCGACGAGAGCGCUGGCGCCAGGGAGGUGCACGGCGUCAUGAUCGCCAUCCGGACGCUCUGGUUCGACGCCCGCGUCGAGGCCGCCGUUGCCGCGCUCGGCGGCGACCCGCAGGUCGUGAUCCUCGGUGCAGGGCUAUGCCAUUGGAACUACAAUAAGUGUGAUGAGUUGACAACUUACAGUGUUAAAUUCAUAAUGCCUAGAAUAGAUUUUUUUAGUGGAAACAAUAGGAGAGUGCUCUACUGUGAAUGCUUAGAAUAG